AUGACCGGAGGAUUUAAAUUGCUUACUUCAGGCCUUUGCUGCUAUAGAAACAAAACUUGGUUGGACUCUUUUUGGGGAAAAAUGAUCCCAUCAGAGAAGAAAAAGAAAAGUAAACUGGAACUUCAAGAAGAAGCAAGAGAUCAUUUCUUGUCUACUGUAAAGGUGAACGAAGAGGGACGUUUUCAAGUCAGCUUGCCAUGGCUUGAUAACCAUCUACCGUUAAAAGAUAACUAUGACUUAGCUGUAAAGAGAUUAGCUUCUACAGUAAAACGACUAAAAGCUGAGAAACUUUAUGAUGCUUAUGGAGAAGUUUUUAGUGAAUGGGAACGAGAAGGCGUCAUAGAAGAAGUACCAAAAAGCGAAAUUGAUGUAACAUGCCAUUAUCUACCACAUCGACACGUAGUAAAAGAAAACAGUACUACACGAAUCAGGCCAGUGUUUGAUGCCUCGGCCAAACAGAAAGGAUCACCUAGUCUCAAUGAUUGUCUAGAAAAAGGUCAGAACCUUAUCGAACUGAUUCCUUCAAUUCUUCAUAGAUUCCGAAUGAACAGAAUAGGAGUUUCUGCAGAUAUACGAAAAGCAUUCUUACAAAUAAGUCUCAACCCUAAGGAUAAAGACUAUCUAAGAUUCUUAUGGUAUAGAACUGAUGGAAAACUGAAGUAUUACAGGCAUUGUAGGGUAGUAUUUGCAGUUACAAGUAGCCCUUUCUUGCUAUUUUCUGUAAUUCACCAUCUUCUAGAAUCCACUUUGAAACAACUAAAUGGAAACCCAAAGUAUAAAGUGGAUAUUAUUGAGCAAUUGAAAGAAGAGCUUUUAUGUAGAUAA